UUCCUCCUUCAUUGACCCUUUAACUUUCUCUUUCUUUCGUUGCAACGUUUUCAACAACAAUUCCCAUGAUGUUCCUUGUUUUCCUUCUCCUUGCUCUAUGGUUUUCAGAUUAUGGUAUGUUACGAGUUGCUUCAUUAGGGAUCAACUAUGGUCAAGUUGGCAGCAAUUUGCCACCACCCGAUAAGGUUCUUGAUCUGUUAAGUUCCCUUAUGAUCACAAAAGUGAAAAUCUACGACACAAAUCCUCAAAUUCUGACAACAUUCGCCAACUCCGGCGUUGAGCUCAUUGUCACGGUUGAAAACCAGAUGCUAUCCGUGGUAAUGGACCCUCAACAAGCACUUCAAUGGGUUAGCACCCACGUCAAGCCUUAUUUCCCGGCCACGAAGAUCACCGAGAUCGCGGUCGGGAAUGAAGUGUUCACCGACGACGACACGUCUCUUAUCGGAUAUCUCGUCCCGGCCAUGGUCAGCAUCCAUGGUGCGUUAGUUCAAUUAGGGCUAGACAAGUACAUUCUGGUUUCGACACCCAAUUCAUUGGCUGUUCUUGAAGAAUCGUUCCCUCCGUCGGCCGGGAGUUUCAAAGGCGAAGUGUCGGCGAUCAUGUCAGAGUACCUUCGGUUUCUCGCGAGCACCGGUUCCCCGUUUUGGAUCAAUGCGUACCCUUAUUUCGCUUACAAAGGUGCCCCGGAAAACGUUUCAUUGGACUAUGUUCUUUUCAACAAAAAUCCUGGCAUGGUCGAUCCUUACACCAAGCUGCACUAUGACAACAUGUUGUACGCACAGGUAGAUGCUGUCGUUUACGCCAUGUUCAGGUUGGGUUAUAGUGGGAUCGAGGUGAGGGUGUCGGAGACCGGUUGGCCGUCAAAAGGCGAUCCGGAUGAAGUUGGAGCGACACCAGCGAAUGCGGCCGUUUACAACAGGAAUUUGCUGAGGAGGCAAAUGAGGAAUGAGGGGACACCUUUGAGACCAAACACGAGGCUUGAAGUGUACUUGUUUGCUUUGUUCAAUGAGGAUAUGAAGCCCGGACCGACCUCGGAGAGAAACUACGGACUUUUUGAACCUGAUGGAACCAUUGCUUACAAUGUGGGACUCUCUGCCUUAUCCACAACUUCAUCGACAUCGACAUCGACAUCAACAUCGUCGUCGUCUUUUUCGUUUUUCCUUACAUCAUCUGCAGAUAAGGCAACAAAUAUGGGGUACGAAAGAUGGGUGUAUUGCAUGUUUUUGUAUUUGCUGGCUUGCCAAGUUUUUCCAAGACGACAUUAACAAGUAAAAAUGGUGAGUGCCUGUAAAUAUUACCUUUGGGAAUUGG